CUCUCUCUCUCUCUCUCUCUCUCUCUCUCUCUCUCUCUCUCUCUCUCUUUGUGAAGCUCAACAACAAUGGCGGCCGAGAUGGCUCUCGUGAAACCCAUUUCCAAAUUCACCUCGCCCAAGCUGACCAACCCGAGUACAUACCUCGCCGGCCGCCGCUUCUCCACCGUGAGGAUGUCGGCCACCGCAUCUCCGCCGCCAGCGACGGCGAAGAAGGCGAGCAAGAAGGAGAUAAAUGAGACGCUGCUAACGCCGAGGUUCUACACGACGGAUUUCGAGGAGAUGGAGCAACUCUUCAACACCGAGAUAAACAAGAACCUGAACCAGGCGGAGUUCGAGGCUCUGCUUCAGGAGUUCAAGGCCGAUUACAACCAGACCCAUUUCGUGAGGAACAAGGAAUUCAAGGAAGCAGCCGACAAGCUCCAGGGCCCUCUCCGACAGAUCUUCGUCGAGUUCCUCGAGCGGUCUUGCACUGCUGAGUUCUCUGGUUUCCUUCUCUACAAGGAGCUCGGAAGAAGGCUCAAGAAAACGAACCCAAUUGUGGCUGAGCUCUUCUCUCUAAUGUCCAGAGAUGAAGCAAGACAUGCCGGCUUCUUGAACAAGGGUUUGUCAGAUUUCAACUUGGCUCUUGACCUGGGGUUCCUGACGAAGGCCAGGAAAUACACCUUCUUCAAACCCAAGUUCAUCUUCUACGCCACCUACCUGUCCGAGAAAAUCGGGUACUGGAGGUACAUCACCAUCUACAGGCACCUUAAGGCGAACCCCGAGUACCGAUGCUACCCGAUCUUCAAGUACUUUGAGAACUGGUGCCAAGACGAGAACCGCCAUGGCGAUUUCUUCUCGGCAUUGCUCAAGGCUCAGCCUCAGUUCCUCAACGACUGGCAGGCCAAGCUCUGGGCUCGCUUCUUCUGUCUCUCGGUUUACGUGACGAUGUACCUCAAUGACUGUCAACGCACCGCAUUCUAUGAAGGAAUCGGGUUGAACACCAAGGAGUUUGACAUGCAUGUCAUCAUCGAGACGAACCGGACGACAGCGAGGAUAUUUCCGGCGGUGCCGGACGUGGAGAACCCAGAGUUCAAGAGGAAACUGGACAGGAUGGUUGAGAUCAACGACAAGCUGAUGGCCGUGGGAGAGAGCGAAGAUCCAUCGGUCGUCAAGAACAUCAAGAGGGUCCCACUGAUCGCAGCCUUGGUAUCUGAGCUCUUUUCCGCUUACCUGAUGCCUCCCGUCGAGUCUGGAUCCGUGGACGUUGCUGAAUUCGAGCCCACCCUUGUCUAUUGAUUACCCCUUUUGAAUGUUUCUUUUUUGUUGUUGUUGUUGUUGUGUAUUCAGACAAACUUAUAGAAACCUGAGAGAAAUAUGGUUUUUGUAUCUGUAGAGCCUCAAUCGUCUUUUUUCUUUCCAGUUUUAUUGCAGAACUGUCUAUUUUA